AGGAUAUGUUUAUUGCUACCCUUUCAAUCAUGUAAAAAAACAGAGCACUUUUCAUUGUAAAAAAAACAGAUCUAGCACCGAGGCAACCAACUCGGUGAGUGAGUGACCAACUCGCCGCCGUAAAAUAAACUGAAAUACCACCGGAAUCAACCGAUUUCUGUCCGAAAAUUCUCUUCUUCUGCUUCUUCCUCUUGAAAACAACAUUGAUGUUUUUCAACGAUGACAUAGAGUUAUAAUCACACCACUCUGCAACACAAACCCUAAUCCCAAAUUGAUUUAGUACAAUCACCACUCUCACGCUUCACCAUUGUGUUCGUUCGCAAGAACCUACUUCACGCUUCAGAUUCACUUUCCAGAUUUAGUUUGCAUCUUCACAAGGUUUAACUCGCCACUUACUGUGAACUACCCAUACAGAGCUUCUCUGGAAAGAGACACCGUUCAAGUGAGUCAGAAUCAAUCAAGCAAACAAUAAACACAUACAUCACAAACAAACAGAUGUGUUCAUCGCCGACAUCUUAAAUCGAUACUCACAAUUGAAAGGAAUAAGAGAAAUAGAAUCAAGCAGAUUAACAAGAGAAAGAUUAAUCAUUGCUAAGUUCACCGAAGAACAGCAGUUCUACUUCGGAUGCUCGUCACGCGAGUCAGAAUCAAUUAAACAGACAAUAAACACAAACAAACAGAUGCAUUCCUCACCAAAGUCUUAAAUCAACACUCAUUAUUUAAUCCAAUCCAAUGGCAUUUAACAGAACCUUAAAGGGGAAACCAAAGGCAGUGGGAUCCAGAAUUGUAGUGUUGGGCGCAACCGUGUGUGCAAUAGCUCUUUUGUUCCUACUGUCCUCAGUUGUAUUCACAACUGAUUCUCCAAAAUCCCAAUACAUUAAGUACUCUAGCUAUGACAACAAGUACCUGUAUUGGGGCACACGAAUCGAUUGCCCUGGAAAACACUGUGGAUCCUGUGAGGGUUUGGGUCACCAAGAAUCUAGCCUUAGGUGUGCCCUCGAAGAAGCCGCUUAUCUCCGCAGAACUUUUGUUAUGCCAUCCAGAAUGUGUAUCAAUCCUAUACAUAAUAAGAAAGGGAUCCUUCAUCGUUCAACUAAUGCUACUUCGGAGGAUCAGUGGGCGGCAAGUUCUUGUGCCAUGGACUCUUUAUAUGAUGCAGAACUCAUGUCGGAAACUGUCCCUGUAAUUUUUGACAAUUCAAAAGAAUGGUAUAAGGUUCUAUCGACCAGCAUGAAGCUUGGAGACAGAGGAGUUGCUCACGUGGCAGGCGUUAGUCGUGUCGAGCUUAAAGAAAACAAUCAGUACUCUAAUUUAAUGCUCAUAAACAGAACUGCUAGCCCUCUUUCUUGGUUUAUGGAAUGCAAGGAUCGAAACAACCGUAGUGCUAUAAUGUUACCAUAUUCGUUUUUGCCAUCAAUGGCCUCAAAAAAACUAAGAGAAGCCGCAGAUAAGAUCAAAGCACUACUUGGUGAUUAUGAUGCAAUCCAUGUUCGUCGUGGGGAUAAAAUAAAAACUAGGAAGGACAGGUUUGGCGUGUCGAGGACCUUGCACCCACACCUUGAUAGGGAUACCCGCCCUGAGUUUAUUCGUUGUAGAAUAGCAAAGUGGGUUGCACCUGGAAGAACCUUAUUUAUUGCUUCAAAUGAAAGGACUCCAGGGUUUUUUUCAUCGCUUUCUGUCAGGUAUAGAUUGGCAUAUUCGUCAAACUACAGCCAUAUAAUAGAUCCAGUGAUCGAGAAUAACUACCAAUUAUUCAUGAUCGAGAGGCUUAUAUUGAGAGGUGCUAAAAGGUUCAUAAAAACAUUCAAGGAAGAUGAGACGGAUCUUAGCCUUUCUGAUGACCCAAAAAAGAAUACAAAAAAAUGGCAGAUACCUGUUUACGAUGGGGAUGAAACUUGUUGAGACAUACAUACGUCUACUAUAAGUACGCAAUUCACAUAAUAUUGAAAAAGAACUUUCUAUGGCCGAAAUCCUUAGGAAGAAAUUUUUGUUGUAAAUUGUGAUGUUAGCUACAAGAAAUUUUUAAUUUGUUCAUUACAUGCACUUGUCUCACUGUAAAGCUGAAGUGAAGUGACCACAAUUUAAUAUUUUAGGCAUUAGUUUGUAUGAACGGCCUCUUGCUCCAAACACCGGCUUUAUAAAUCCUAUGCAGCACUUACGAUGAUUUAUAAUACCGUUGAUAGUAGCAUUUAGAAACAAUCAGAAUGUGAAAAAAAGUCAAGUCAGAAACACAAAUAGAAUAGAUAAGAGGGUGAAUGGUAGACAUCUUGAUGGAAAGAAAGUGCCAAAGUACUCUUUCAUCCUAUAGACAAUGAAGGUUGUUUGGGCAAUUUCUAGAAGUAUGGUUGCGCGCAUUGUGAAGUGGCGCUGAGUAUACGGGUUGCUUGGAGGAUUGCUUGUUCUGAGAUGAAAGAAAUGAGGAUUUUGAAGUUCGUGGUUUGUGUCAUCUGCCAAGGAACACAGGCAGAUGAUGAAGCAAUUCUUUAUACGUUCAGUCUUUAUUGAAAAUAAUGGAGAUUUUUAUCCAUGGUUUCUCUGUAACAACUAAGCUCUCAUUACAGUUUCAAAUUGACACAUUCUUGAGUUUUAAACUA